AUGCUUUCUUCUAAGCCAGUCUUUCUGUGUAUCGGCUCCGGUCCCGGAAUUGGCCGUUCAGUCACGGCUCUUUUCGCUGCAAAGCGCUAUCAAAACGUCGCUCUAAUCGCCCGACGACCUGAGCAGCUUGAUAUUGAGAAAGCGGCCAUCCUCGAGGUAGCGGGUCACGGAGUCGAUGUACAGACGUAUGCCCUGGAUGUCACCGACAUAGAGGCGCUCCAUUCUACUAUCACUCGCAUUGAGCGAACAUUAGGCAAUAUUGAGUGUGUUCUCUACAACGCCGCACGAGUUCAAAAGUCAACCUUUUUCACAUAUCGCGUUGAAGAUCUCGAAUAUGACUUCAAGAUCUGUGUGUCGGCCCUAUACUGUGUGGCAAAGCGACUGAUGCCUCACUUUCUAGAUCUUGCAGAUAUGAAACCACAUUUUAAACCGGCUUUUAUUGUGACGAGUUCGAUGCUGCCUGUUGAGCCAAUGCCAGACCUUUUUGCCUUGUCUCUUGCAAAAGCAGCCCAGCGCAACCUGGUUAAAAGUCUAUCCAUGACAUAUGGGCCACAUGGAGUCCAUAUUGGUGUCAUCAAUGUCGCAGGCUUUAUAUCUGCAGAGGAGAAGGAGACAAAUCCUAAUAAUAUCGCCCACAAAACUUGGGAAUGGUUUGAUACGAGGGGAAAUGCCCAAUUCGAGGUGCGGAUUUAG